UCAUCUUCCAAGAAUGCUCCCUUCAGCAUUUAGCUGUAUCUGUCAUCCCGUACUAUGUGUUUCCCUUCUUGAUUAAGAGACACACAAAACUCACAUGCCACCAGGUUGUACUCGUAGCACCCGUUUCCAUAGGGGCUUUGGUUAGUUACUUGGUUUCAUGAUCUACUUGAAUGUUCUUGAACCUGAAUAUAUACUUGAGUACUUUUUGUUAUAAUCUGGUUGGUAUCUUGAUCUGUCCAAUUGUCUGAGCUAGAGAAGAUUGGUAGUCACUUCAAUGGCGAAAAUCGCAAGAGUCCUUCUGCAGUCACUGCUUAAAGCAAUGAAUUCGAUUUUGGGACUGCUUGGAAUUGCAUUGAUUCUCUAUGGUCUUUGGAUGGUUAGAGUUUGGGAGAGGGACAUGGAUAGCUCAUCAUCCUUUGAUCAAUAUACUAUUGCUCCAUGGGUUAUCUGCACUUUUAUUGGGGCUGGUGUUACCUUGUGCAUAAUAACAGGCAUAGGUCAUCUUGCUGCAAACUGUGGCAGUGGUUGUUGCCUCUCUUGUUAUGCUUUGAUUAUCUGUAUGCUUCUUCUAUUGGAGACUGCAAUGGCUGCAGAUAUACUCUUAAAUUCUGACUGGGAGAAGGAUCUCCCCUAUGACCCUACUGGAAAGUUCAAUGAUUUCAGAGAUUUUGUGGAGUCAAACUUCGACAUGUUCAAGUGGAUAGGCUUGCUGAUCAUCUUAGCUCAGGGUUUUUCGAUCUUAUUGGCCACGGCUUUAAGGUCGAUAGGGCCAGAGCAAGUAUCAAACUGUGACAGUGAUGAAGAGUAUGCCCCAACAAGAGUCCCACUCAUGAACCAUAUCGUUCAGCCAUCAGAAUACAUUGUUGGUGCCAAGAAUAGCAGUAACUGGAAUUUGAACAAGUGAAGAGAGGUAGACAUCCGAGCCUUGCAAAUGAAACUUCUGAAGCUAAUUCCGUGGCAUGGUUAUACUGCUGUUUACUGUGGAGUUAUUAGUUGCCUAGUCCUUCAGUUUUGGUUGAACUUCCGAAGUUCUUAGAAUCAGUGUAUAGUUUGCUCUCAGACGUUGUUCUUCUACCUCAGUUGAGUUG